AUGAGCGACAACGAAGAAAAGUCAACAAGGAAGCGUAAUGCAGAUCCCGAUGAGAAUGUCAAUGAAGAAGACGAAGAAAACGGAGGAUGGAUUGGACCAAUGCCAACAGAACAAUCAGCUGCUUCAAAACCCAAAAAGAAGAAAGUUUUGCCCUAUGAAAAAGUUUAUUUGGAAAAUUUACCCGAUGCCGAUUGUUAUGAGAAAAGUUAUAUGCAUCGGGAUGUCAUUACACAUUUGGUGGUGACCAAAACGGAUUUCCUCAUAACCGGUAGUAUUGAUGGCCAUAUCAAGUUUUGGAAGAAAAUGGAAGAGGGCAUCGAGUUUGUUAAACAUUUUCGCAGUCAUUUGAUGCCCUUACACUCGUUGACCACCAAUGCUUCCGGCACAUUGUUGUGCUCAGCCUCGGCUGAUAAAUGUGCCAAGAUUUUCGAUGUCAUUAAUUUCGAUAUGAUAAAUAUUAUUAAAUUGGGUUUUACACCGGGUACCACCUGUUGGAUCCAUUCACCGGGUGAUGCUGUUCAGAGUUUGGCAGUAUCCGAUAAAGAUUCCAAUAAAAUCCAUGUUUACGAUGGCCAAGGUAAUGGUGACAUUCUACACACCCUAGACACAUUGCACUCUGCCCCAGUAAUAUCGAUAUGUUAUAAUGUACCAAUGGACACUGCCAUAUCUGUGGACCGUAAUGGCAUAUUGGAAUAUUGGCAAAAUUUUAAAUAUGAUUUCAAAUUUCCCAAAAAUGUUAGUUUUGAUUCGAAAUUGGAUACUGAUCUUUUCGAAUUUGUAAAAUGCAAAACAAUUGUCACUGGCCUGGCAGUUUCGAAUGAUGGCAAACGCUUUGCUACCAUUUCUACGGAUCGUAAAGUUCGAGUUUUUAAAUUUCAUACGGGUAAAUUGGUACGAGUGUUUGAUGAAGCCCUAUCCACCUAUACACAAUUGCAGCAGACACCACUAGCAUUGCCCAAUAUGGAAUUUGGUAGAAGAAUGGCAGCUGAACGUGAUUUGGAAAAAUCCGAUUUUAAUAUGAGCAAUAACAUUAUAUUCGAUGUAACGGGGCAUUUCCUAUUGUAUCCCACCUUGAUUGGCAUUAAAGUUAUUAACAUCGAAACAAAUCGCUGUGUUAAUAUAUUGGGUAAAACCGAUAAUAUUAGACCCCUGCAUAUAGCACUGUUUCAGGGUAAGGGCAAGAAAACGAAAGCGGCGAUAACAUUGGAACAAGAAGCAAGUGAAAAUCCAGCCUUGCAAUCGACCACAAAUGAUCCAACGCUAUUUUGUACAGCAUACAAAAAACAAAGAUUUUAUUUGUAUAGCAGGCGUUUGCCUUCCGAUCUGCAAGACGUGGAUCGUGAUGUUUUCAAUGAGAAGCCAACAAAGGAAGAUAUUAUUGCUGUACCCGAAGGACAAGGUGUCCAACGAAUGUAUGAGAAUGUCACUAUUCACACAACCAUGGGUGAUAUACACAUGAAAAUGUUCUACAAAGAAUGCCCGAAAACUGUGGAGAAUUUCUGUGUGCAUGCCAAGAAUGGCUAUUAUAAUGGCCACAUAUUCCAUCGUGUUAUCAAGGGUUUCAUGAUACAAACGGGUGAUCCCACUGGUACUGGUACAGGCGGUAAAUCAAUAUGGGGUCAUGAUUUCAAAGAUGAAUUUGUACCGACAUUAAAGCAUGAUCGUCCUUAUACGGUUAGCAUGGCCAAUGCUGGGCCCAAUACAAAUGGUAGUCAAUUCUUUAUAACGGUGUUGCCAACGCCCUGGCUGGAUAAUAAACACACGGUCUUUGGUCGCGUCUAUAAAGGCAUGGAGGUUGUACAAAAUAUUUGCAAUGUCAAGACAAAUCCCAAAACGGACAAACCCUAUGAUGAUGUUAAAAUUAUUUCAAUACAUUUAAGCAAUUAAGUUAUGU